CUCAAAGUUCCUCAACGUCUCAAGUAAAUUUAGUGGAGCAAGUGUUAGAACAAGGCCAAAGGUUAAGAAACGCUAUGGUGAAUUCUAUAUUAAAUGUUGAUCCUUUCUACCAAGACCAUGAUCUGAUGCCUCCUGUAAAGAUGCAUUGCAUAAAUAUGGAUCAAGAGAAAAGGGAAUUAUCGACAACAGAGAAACACAAGUUUGUAGCAUACCUCAGAGGUGAAAGCAUGAGUAGAGAUGAUGAGAAACAAGCACUGGAAACUUUUCGUGCAAUGUCCACAUCUGACAUCUGUGAAAUAACAGAACGCUCAUAUCACAGUUUAAGGAAUUAUUGUAAUUGUGAUUCCUGCACUGAAUAUAAUAAAUUAAAUGUAGAUGUUAUACCUCCACUAAAAAUUAAUAUUAAACCUAAACCAAGUGCAAAGUUAAAAGUUAAUGAAGGUAUAUUGAAAUAUCUUAAAUAUGUUGAUACAUUGAAAAUAUCUGUACACAGUUUAAAGUUAAAUCAUGAAGGUGAUGUUAAGGUUUUCAGUAGCCUAAUUGAUAGUAGGUAUUCUCAACAUUUAAGUACAACAUAUUUUAUUGAGUACAAUAUUCCUAGCUGCAUGGUGAAAAGUGAAAUUAAGAAGUCUAAAGUUGACAGUGGCUUAGACAGCAGCAAUUAUGUUAAACUGUGUUCCAAAAAGUUACACAAAGAAGCAAUAUAUUUCAAGCAGAUAUCAAUACAUGAUGUAACCAAUAUUGAUUCAAUGAAUUUGGAAGCUGUUGAUUUGGUUUUUCAAGUGUCAAGUAGAACUUUGAAGCAGAAGGGCCAAAAUAUUUUGGGCCAAGCCAGAUUUAACAUGGGCUCAUUUUUAAGUACAAAAUAUUUUAACUGUAAUCAAGAGUUGGUUGUUUGGUUAAUAAAUGAUGCACCUAUUAUGUUAGGCACAAUUAAAAUCAAUUUACAACUAGGCUGUGGUAGACUUUAUUUUGGAAAAGAAUUUUUAGAUUCAAUAAGCAUUGAUAAGCAGAAUAGUAUAUUACCUGAAACAAUUGCGUGUGAUAAAAGAACUGAAAUCAAGGCGAAUGAAUGCAAAAAAUCGAAAGUGCAAAAUGUUGUUGUUGAUGAUGAUAAUAUUAAGAAAAAUGUUGUUAAAGCACCUGUAAAGAAGAAACAGGUUGAUGCAAAAGUUGUUAAAAUAGUUGAAGAUUCUAUAAAACCUGCAAGUAAUAUCGUACUAUUUGGAUUCUUAUAUGUCGCACAGGUGGAAUAUUUGGAUAUAAAACAACUAACUUAUUUUACUUGUAAAUCUUUCUGCCAAGAUGAUGUAAUUUAUAGUAAUAUAGUUCGUGGAGGUUCGAAGCCAUUUUUUAAUUUUUAUCAGACCAUUCCAUUCAUAUACGAGGAAGAAUUUAUUACAAAGUUGCGCGACAAUUUUAUGGUUUUAGAGUUUUUUGAGCGCACCCAAAAUAAGGACGCAUUGAUAGGUGUUUGCAAAAUUCCUCUACAUCAAUAUUAUCUUGCGUUCAGAAAUCCAACGAUUGUUAAGUACUUGGAAAGAAAUAAGUUACCUGUGAUUGGCACAGAUUGGUUUGAGCCGAUAUCUGACCCAAAUAUUGGAACAAUCUCUGGCCAAGUUCAGAUUUUAGUGGCAUUGGGAUCAGAAGCUCAAAUUCACAAUUUAGAGAACGAGCGUGGAUUCAAGGAUAAUAUUGUUCUUAAAGCAAAAAAGAAUCUUGACGCUUUUCAACCAACGAAACGUAAUUUGAAAGAAAUCCCAGUGAAGCAAAUAUGUGAUAAAACUAAGGAAUUUUGCAAUAUCCAGUCUGAAAAUAGUUAUUUAAAAUCUAUUGACGAUAUACAAAAUAUACAUUCGACAAGAAGCGAAGAGUUUUCCAGUUACAGAGAUCAUUAUUGGAGAACUAAAGAGAGAAGAAGGGACUAUGAAAACAUUGAUAUUGCUGAAAGUGAGAAACGGCUACAAGAAUUGAGAGUUGCAUUUAAGAAUCUUGAAGAAGCUCAAAGUAAUGAAGAAAGAAAUUUAACUUUGUUCAAGGAGACUCAUAAUUGUUGUGAAUUUAUUCCAAAUAGAGAAUACACACAAAAUAAAAGUGAUUCCACACUGGAUCUUAAGAACAAAACCUUAGAACCAAGGAAUAGCACUGAAUUGAAGGAUAAUAUAUUAACUAAAGAGAAUACUGUACAAGAAACUAAAUCGAUUUUAAUCGAUCAUUCUGAAGAACCUACUGUUCAAAAAGUAGAUAAAAGUACUUAUACUGUUGAAUUAAUUGACAAAGCAAGUCAAUCAGACAUGAGUUUACAAAGUGAUAUUCUGUUAGAUCUCUUACAACAUUUUCAAACUAAGAAACCAGAGGACGUGAGAGAUUCAGGUACAAACACUGAAGAAUCCAUGAUGCAAUCUACGUCUGAAAAUUUAAAAAGCACUACAGAUUUACUGGAUUCUUUGCAGAAGGUGUUGUUAGUUCAGAAACCUCAGAAAAGUACAUUCAAAGUAUUAAUACUCAUUGAUUCUGCACUUCAUUUACCAACCAAGAAGAAGUGUAAACCAAAAAAACCUAAAAGUAGACAUAGUCGCGAUGACUCCUCGCCUACUACUUACGUUACAUUUGAAUCAGCUGAAGGUACAAGAAUAACAAAUGUAUUUCAAAAAUCUGUUAAUCCUCGUUGGAAUUACAGAGAUGAGGUGGAAUUGCCGUUGGAAUUUCUCACAAACAAUCAAAAACGACUUAUUUUUAAAGUUUGGAGAAAGUCAAAUAAUAAUUUGAAACAACCUGAUAUGGAAGUAGAUUCUGUCUUGGGCUUCGCUGCUUUAGACUUAACUGUGAUUUCUGCUGGUUUGCUUACAGUAGAAGGCUGGUUUAAUAUUGUUGAUUUUUCAGGUCAUGUCAAUGGCCAAAUGAAGAUCCAUGUAAGUCCAUUAGAAGCAAUAAAUAAACCAGAAACCAUCCCUCCAGAGUCAUCAUCAUCAACGAGUGGUAAAAUGUCGCCUAGUACUUCAGUCGAGGAAACAUUAGAAGACCCUGCCGAAGUAUUUAGUCGAGCAUUGAAAAGGAAAUUCAUUGAACUUGAUGAGAUUACACAAAGACUCAGAGUUCGUUUAAGCCAUGCGACUAAUGAUGGAUCAGAUACAUCAAAUGACGAUAUUGCGGACGAAUUUGAAAGAGAUAUUAAUACUCUUUGCGUGGAAGAUGAUUACGAUAUGAUAGAUUUUGAAAGGGAAGCACAAGAUUUGAAUAUGAGACGAGUUUCGUCUAGUUUACAGAAGUUGAAAGGCGAUGAACAAGCCGAUCAUGCGUUGAUGUUGUUUGAAGGAAGCAGUGAGGAUCCAUCUCCAAAUACGUCUUUACAAAUGGAUAUGUCUGCAGCAUCUAAAGCUUCAUCUAUAGGCAGCGUCGAGACGCAUGCGCAAGAAGGAAAACAAAAGAUUAAUUCGCUACUGAAGAAAUUGUCUAUUCAAGAAAUGAUCGGUAGACACGUUUCUGGUUGUUCUGCUCAAGGAAAAAAAACAGAUUCUUCGAAUAGUGAAGAGGAAAUACUCAAUGAGUUAGGAAUCAAUGAUCCGUUUGAUGCGACUAAAAUGUUGAAAGAUAAGGUACUCGAAGUAUUAAAAGAUCAAGAAUAUAGUAGACGUCAUGAGCCCGAUGGCGAAGGCGAUGAGAGUGAAACUGGUUAAGUAUAAUGUUAACAUCGAUGUUUUGUAUUAAUGAAACAAUGUGAGAAUUAAGUAAACAGAAAACGAUAGAUUUCCCAGUGGAUGUUUAAUGAUAAUUAAAAUUUACUAAUGUUUAUCAAAUAAUCAUAAAAUCAGUAAUUUUCAAAAUACAUUUUUACUGUAACGUAAUUCACGUUAAAUCUAAGAAAAACAACAUGCAUAGUUAUAACAAUACUCUGGAUAAUCUUAAAUCUACAAAUAAUCAAACACUUUCAUUAAAUAAUAAAACAUUUGGAACGUAA